AUGACAUCAUCACCGCAAGGGCUCUUUCAGCUGACGGGCCCCGAUGCGUACCGCGUCGAAGACGCCGACGAAGAAGUGUACCUGCUUCACGUACGCAGCGGGGAAAAUACCGAGGGACUCGGCGUGGUCGAUAGCAAACACGAUACGCUGUGCGUGACGCUUCGUAUAUCGAGCCAGGCAGGCCGCUCAUGUCCCGAGGACAUCCAAGUCGUGCUGCACCAAAACUGCACGGCCCUGCGAUCUCGCGCUGGUGAUACCGGCAGCGUAGCAUGGCGCUGCAGCACGUUCUUUGCCGAGCACAUGCUUCAGCAGCUCUGGGGCACAUGGCCCGGGCCCUCGCUCUUUCACGCACAGAGCUUCUCCGCCUGCCGUGUGCUCGAGCUGGGCGCGGGCACCGGUGUCCUGCCCGCCUGCCUGUUUGCGCAUCCCGGCUGGCUUCAUCCGUCGUCGCGGCCCAUCCGCUGGAUCGCCACAGACCGCGCGGACAACAUGCCACUCCUCACCAAGAACGUCGGUGGCGGCCGUUACGAUCAUGCACACGCCCAAGUAUCUGUACGUGAACUAGACUGGCUUGACGUACAGGCUGCAUCUGGCCGCGUGCUGGACCGACUACGGACAGAUAUUCUCUCAGCCUACGAGGGAGCCUAUCCCGACCUCAUCCUGUGCUUGGACUGCGUCUACAAUCCCGCCUUGCACCGCCCGCUCUUGUCUACACUGCAUGCAUUCUGUCAGCCGCAGCACACUGCGGUCCUACUGGUGAUGCAGCUUCGGGACGUGGACAAUACGCUCGAGUUUCUCACGUCAUGGCUGUCCGCAUCGUGGACCGUAUACCACGUCCCCGAAUCGCUGCUGCCGCCUCCGAUGCAAACGGCCUACGUGGCCUGGGUGGCAUGGCGCACGGUGUAA